GCGUGCAUAACACAUCUAUAGUCAAGUCAAAUUGAACAGUCGCAGACAGUAAAAACAGGUUUACUUUUCUCACAGAGGUGAGUAAAGUGGGUUACCCACAGAGAGUCGCACCUUUUAGAUGGGGUGGAUGAACUCGCAGCCUAUAAAGCAGUGAUGUGCUUUACUUGCCAUCAUCUCAUCUUGCAGGAGGAAACCGACGCCACGAUGCUGACUCUCAUCCAGCUGAUCAUUUUGCUUUUUUUGACGAACAUUAGCUCAACUGAUGCAGAGAAACUUUUCCAUAAUCGGGAUCAUUCUGAUGUGCAGACCCUUAAUUCUCAUGAAACACAGGCUAUAACAGACCAGCGCACAGCAGAGUUAUUUCUCUCUAGAUAUGGAUUCAUCAAGCCAGUUAACUGGGAGGAGAUCCAGUUUGAAGACAUUUCUUCCAGUGGUGACUUCCUGGAUGAUCUUCAAGCCUCAAUCCAAGAGGGGACCUCAGUGCCGCAUUCAAGAGAUUCCCAUAAUCACGAUGCAUACAACAGUCAAACUGAGAGCCAAGCAUUUAUUUCAGCACUUAAAGAGUUCCAGAGGGUCUCAGGUCUGCUGGUUACAGGAGUGUUUGACGAGGCCACCAAGGUUGCAAUGAACAAGCCGAGAUGUGGAGUCCCUGACAAGGAGAUCGACCUGAACACCCUUGAAAACAGCAGUAACUCAGAUAUUGAAAACACUGACAGUUUUAAUGAGACUGACAGUAAUAACACAGCAAGUAACAUAAUCAGUGACACUUUUUCUGCUGCUGCAAAUUCCUCUGAAGAUGGCGCAUUAAAUUUUAAUGACACAGAAAGUGUUUUCACAGACAUUUCCAACGGCACCAGCAUGAAUUAUACAAAUGACUUUGCAAAUAUCACUUCACUAAACAGCUCACAUGACACCAAUGUGAGCAGUCAGAUGGUAAAUAUCAACAUGCACCAGAGUGAAGCGGUGCAACACAGGAGGCGUCACCUCGCAGUUCUUGUAUCCAAAAACAGGUGGAAGAGAGAUUUGAGUGGAGCUGGUUACAUGGCCUUUUCCAAGAAGAUGUUGAAAUGGAGGCUGAUCGGAGAAGGAUACAGCAGUCAGCUGACUGUAGAAGAGCAGAGGUACAUCUUCAGGCUGGCCUUCAGGAUGUGGAGUGAGGUGUCACCGCUGGAGUUUGUGGAGGAUAUCAAGUCACCAUUGGAGGAUGUUGAUAUCAGGCUGGGCUUUGGCACAGGGCGGCAUUUGGGAUGCAAUCAGAAGUUUGAUGGCUCUGGUCAGGAGUUUGCCCAUGCCUGGUUCCUGGGUGAUAUACACUUUGACGAUGAUGAGCAUUUUACUGCCCCCAAUGCUGGCGGUGGAAUCAGCCUUCUCAAGGUCGCGGUUCAUGAGAUCGGCCAUGUUCUGGGUCUGCCUCACAUCCACAGACCUGGAUCUAUAAUGCAGCCCAGCUACCUGCCCCAGGAGUCGGCCUUCGAGAUGGACUGGAUGGACAGAAAAGCCAUACAGCAUCUCUAUGGGGGCUGUAAAGGUCGUUUCAGCACGGUGUUUGAUUGGAUCAGGAAGGAGAAGACGCCCUAUGGGGAGGUGGUGAUCCGCUUCAACACCUAUUUCAUAAGAGAUGGCUGGUACUGGCUGUAUGAGAACAGGAACAACAGAACACGUUAUGGGGAUCCAGUGGCGCUGCAGAUUGGCUGGCAUGGGAUUCCAGUGGACGGAGUGGACGCAUAUGUGCAUGUGUGGUCCAGAAAAAGAGAUGCUGUUUACUUCUUCAAAGGUAUUCACUUCUGGAGGUAUGAUAAUGAGAAUGACCGGGUGUUCAGACAGGACUCAGAAGGUCACCACUAUCCAAGGUUAAUCUCUGAAGGAUUCCCAGGAGUGUCCAGUCCUAUUGACACAGCCUUUUAUGACAGGAGGGACUCCCGCAUCUACUUCUUCAAAAGCACACUUGUGUAUGCAUUCGACGUGGAAGCCAACAGCUUGGCAAGAGGCUUCCCCCAAAACAUCAGAGACGUGUUCCCUCCGGUGGUGAGCAGAGACCAUCCAGAUGGCAACGUUGAUGCUGCCUACUUCUCCUACACCCACAAUGCCAUCUUUCUACUGCAGGGCACGCGCUUCUGGCAAGUGGUGGGCAGCCGAGAUCGCUGGCGCCAGCCCUUUCUGCCACGAAAUGGCCUGCUGCCACACAAGGAGGUGGAUCAGCACUGGUUUGACAUCUGCAACGUUCAUCACACUGCACUCAAACUAAACCGCUGAGGGAGCCGCAGCACACAUGUGUGUGUGCCGAGGCGGUAUGCCCCGGGGAAUAGUGCUGACAGUGCCCUAGGAGUCUGAACCUUGUCAGUAUUUGUGGCUGAGGAGGAGAGGUACCCUGCCGUGCCGUGCCGAGCCGAGCCGAGCAGCGCCGUCCUGUG